AACCGGAAGUGGCGUCAGCGAAGCCGCGGCAUUCAAACUCCCGGAAGCGGCGUCGGGUUCGAAAAAGGAGCGGUAGCGUCGUUGUUCUUUCUGCGGGCUCUUCGCUUCCCUCAGCGGCGGAAGGAAGGAAAAAAGGGAGGCCGGUGCCCCUCGGCCGCUGCCCCUCGGCCGCUGCCGUUGCCGUGGCCCACCGGCCAUGAACAGCCUCAGAACACCUAGAAUAUGACAUCUAAGGCCACCGCAGAAAUGACUACUUGUAUCAGCAAGUGGGGAUUAAAAUCUGGUGAUUCCAAGUCUGAAUCCGAGUUGCAAAUUUAUAAGAAAGAGAAUGCCGCCCUGAAAAAAUCGCUGGAAGACAUCAUUAAGGGAAAAAGCAAAAUGACACCUGAAGAAAGGAAGAGGCUUCUGGAGAAAAUACUUGCCCUUCAAACCGAAACAGAAAAAUAUAAAAAUAUCCUUGGAGAACGAGAUCAUGAAAUCCAGCUUCUGAAAGACAAACUGAGGGGUGGAAACCAAAAUAGUGACACUGCUAGUCUGCUCAGUCAACUGGAGGAGAAGUCAAAGGAAAUGGCUAAGAGGGAACAACUGCUAAAAUCUUUAUCCGAAGAGGUGAAUCGGCUGAACAGUCAGCUGUCUGCAGUUACUGCAAAACAUUCAGAGCUGGAAAACAGAGCUGGUAAUGUUCAGUCUUCCCAGGAAAUGGUUGCAGGCUGCUCUGGAACCUCGGGAUAUGUAAAUGGCAUUGAAAUGCAACUGAAAGAUGCGUUGGUUAAAAACCAGCAAUGGCUCCUGUAUGACCAGCAGCGAGAAGCUUAUGUUCAGGGCCUUUUGGCGAGGAUCUUUGAACUGGAACAACAAGCAAAAGAAGCCAAACCUGAAGAAGAUAAGCAAAGAUAUUAUGAGCAGCUCUUAGCCACUGCCCGAAAUGAUCUCCAGGCCGAACGGCGUAAUGUCUCCCAGCUGCAUUCCGACCUGAAUGAAUUCAAAAGGAAGUAUGAUGAAGCCAAGCAGGAAGUGAUAAAUUUGAAUAGCCUACAGAAACAGCACAAACAGUUUGAUGUUAAGACUCUUCAAGAUGAAAACCACCUCAAAGGGCAGAUAAUACAGAGGCUUACACGUGAAAAUGAUGUUAUGCGAGAAAAACUAGACGAAGAAAGAAAACGGACACAAACUCUCUCAUCUCAGGUUGAACUGCUGCACAGAUCUUUGGUAAAACAACAGGAGGAAAAUACAAGGAUGGCAACUCUGGAACAACAGAUCCAGGCCUGCACUUUAGAUUUUGAGAACGAAAAGCUUGAUCGGCACAACUUGCAGCAUCAGUUGCAUAAAGUCCUUAAAGAGCUUCGUAAGGCACGGGAGCAAAUCACACGUCUUGAACCCUCAAAGCUUCCCGAACAUGGAGAAUGUAUCGAAGUCAUCCAAAACUUCGAGACUGGCUUUCAAGACAAGCUGACACUUCAAGACAAAUGUUCUCCACCAAGACGAUCCAAUCUUCUUGACGAAAGUUUCCUGGAAUGCCCCAAAUGUAAAGCACAAUAUCCUACUAGCCAGCAUAGGGAAUUAUUAGCCCAUAUUGAUUUUUGUGCAGAUUAAACACAAGUGCAAACUUCUAGGUAUGUGUUAGUAAACCAGGGCAUUCUCAUUGAAAAUAACAGCUUUUUAAAAAGCAACGCACUUAAAUUCUGUAGGAUUACAACUUAUAUCCCAGCUAAAACAUUGUGUUUUUAAUAGCGCAAUGGUCUCACCUCAACCAUGUGAAGUAAACAAUGUUGCUUCAGACACAGUAUCUUGAAUUCUAAACUACUGAUCAAAUUUGCACUAUCAGAUCCAAUAAAGAUCUUUGGUUUAGUGUUUCCCAUCGCCCGUUACACCAGUCAAAUGUUCAACAUUACUCCAAACAUUCCUCUUUUCAGUCUUGAGGAUAGCUCUCUUAUAUAUUGUUUGACUGUAUGAAUAUAUAAUUGCUUUGUGCUAUGUGCCUGUAGUAAUCUAUAUUGCCAUUUUGGUCUGUAAGAUGUAAAAAGGAAAAAAAUGUUUUAAAGUAGGGUGAUCUGUAAAUAUGUAGUCCUUAUGAGGGAAUAUUGGGGUGGCCAAAGGCUAUAGCUGAAAAGUAGUCCAAACUUUGUGCAUAUCUUAAACAAAGGGGGUGCAGCCUUAAAUUCCAAGCAUCAGCGUGCCUCUUAGGACUAUUUCUAUACACUCCUUUUUGCACAUUGUUGUCCCACUGCUAAAAGCUAGGGAUAUAAUUUAUCAGGGAACCUAUAUAAGGGAAUGCUUUUUAAAAAAUAAUAAAAUACAAUUGGCUACGCCAGCAAUUUCCUCUGUGUGUUUUCUUUCAACUUUGCAAACUUUUUGCAAAGAAAGCCAGAUAUGGUGAGGUGAAAUGUGUGUGUGUGUGGGGGGGGGGGGGG